UUGACCUCCUUGUGUCCAACCAAGCUGACCUGACACUGGUGUCUACAUCUGGUGAUAGUUUACUUCAUCUUGCCUGUCAGGGUGGGAACACUGCUAUAGCACAACACCUCCUGUCUCACUCUAACUACAACAGUAGAGGGAUGCAUGGCUGGACGCCAGCGAUGAUGGCAGCUGUCAGUGGACAUCAAAGUGUGUUUGACCUCCUUGUGUCCAACCAUGCUGACCUGACACUGGUGGAUACAUCUGGUGAUAGUUUACUUCAUCUUGCCUGUCGUGGUGGGAACACUGCUAUAGUUCAACACCUCCUGUCUCCUUCUAACAUCAACAGUAGAGGGAGACAUGGCUGGACGCCACUGAUGAAGGCAGCUGUCAAUGGACAUCAAAGUGUGUUUGACCUCCUUGUGUCCAACCAAGCUGAUCUGACACUGGUGGAUACAUAUGGUGAUAGUUUACUUUAUCUUGCCUGUCAGGGUGGGAACACUGCUAUAGUACAACACCUCCUGUCCCCCUCUAACAUCAACAGUAGAUGGACACAUGGAUGGACGCCACUGAUGAAGGCAGCUGUCAGUGGACAUCAAAGUGUGUUUGACCUCCUUGUGUCAAACCAAGCUGACCCGACACUGGUUGAUACACAUGGUGAUAGUUUACUUCAUCUUGCCUGUCAGGGUGGGAACACUACUGUUGUUCAACACCUCCUGUCUCCUUCAGGUGGGAACACUACUAUAGCACAACACCUCCUGUCUCCUUCUAACAUCAACAGUAGAGGGAUGCAUGGCUGGACGCCAGCGAUGAUGGCAGCUGUCAGUGGACAUCAAAGCGUGUUUGACCUCCUUGUGUCCAACCAAGCUGACCUGACACUGGUGUCUACAUCUGGUGAUAGUUUACUUCAUGUUGCCUGUUGUGGUGGGAACACUGCUAUACUCCUGUCUCCUUCUAACAUCAACAGUAGAGGGAUGCAUGGCUUGACGCCAGCGAUGAUGGCAGCUGUCAGUGGACAUCAAAGUAUGUUUGACCUCCUUGUGUCCAACCAAGCUGACCUGACACUGGUGUCUACAUCUGGUGAUAGUUUACUUCAUGUUGCCUCUGUCAGUGGACAUCAAAGUGUGUUUGACCUCCUUGUGUCCAACCAAGCUGACCUGACACUGGUGUCUACAUCUGGUGAUAGUUUACUUCAUCUUGCCUGUCAGGGUGGGAACACUGCUAUAGUACAACCCCUCCUGUCUCCUUCUAACAUCAACAGUAGAGGGAUGCAUGGCUGGACGCCAGCGAUGAUGGCAGCUGUCAGUGGA